UGUUGCUAGCUUUGGACCUACCUUCCUUACCUGCAAAAACUUACAAAACAGAGAAAAAUGAAAAGUGCUUGAGAAUAGAUAUAUCCUUUGAUUUCAAUCGCAGGAAGUGAAAUUUGAUCGAAGAAAAUAUAAAUCCAGAAUCAUGAAUGACGCAGAGGUCUCCAGUCAGAUUCAGCAGAUGAUCAGAUUUAUCCGACAAGAGGCCGAGGAGAAAGCCAAUGAAAUUUCUGUUUCUGCUGAGGAGGAAUUCAACAUCGAGAAAUUGCAAUUAGUUGAAGCUGAAAAGAAGAAGAUCAGGCAAGAGUACGAGCGAAAAGAAAAGCAAGUGGAUAUUCGUAAGAGAAUUGAGUAUUCUACGCAACUGAAUGCUUCUCGAAUAAAAUUUCUCCAAGCUCAGGAUGAUGUGGUGAAUUCCAUGAAGGAAUCUACUGUCAAUGAACUUGUGCGCGUUUCUGAUGACAAAAAAGCCUACAGGAAAAUUAUCAAAGCACUGAUUGUUCAGAGUUUAUUGCGGCUGAAGGAGCCAGCAGUGUUGCUGCGUUGUAGAGAGGUUGACCGUAAGCUUGUAGAUUCCAUCCUUGAUGAAGCUAAGCGAGAAUAUGCGGAAAAAGCUAAAGUAAUGGCCCCAAAAGUCACCAUUGAUGGAGUAUACCUCCCUCCGGCGCCCAAGGCUUUGGAUUCACAUGAACCUUACUGCUCGGGAGGGGUUGUAUUGGCUUCUCAAGAUGGGAAGAUAGUCUGCGAGAAUACUCUAGAUGCAAGACUUGAUGUGGCUUUCAGACAAAAAUUACCUGAGGUGAAUUUGUUUUCCAUGAAAACUGCUAGAAAGCAAGGAGGGAAGGCAGCCAGGGCUCCUGUGGAUGGUAAAGAGGGCAUAGGUAGUGGUGAAAAGUCCAGGAAACGAAUUCGUGGGAAGCUUUUCAAAGCAACAGAUGAUGGUAUUAUGGUCCAAAGAGAUGAGAACUCUCCACCGAAUUCAGCUGAAGCGUUCUGGCCACAGAGUCAAGAAAAAAGUAUUAAGUACAUGGAUACAGCUAAUAAAUUGCUUCUACAGGACCUGCAUUCAGCAAAAAUGCUUUCUCCUUCAGGGAAGAUGAAAUUGCAGCUAUUCCCAGUAGAUGACAACACACGGGUGGGACUGGAAAAGGAUGGCUUUCAUCCAUAUUUGGAGCUUAGUUUGAGCUCGCGAAAGAGGAUUUCUUCUGUGCUUAAGCACUUUAAUAGCAAGUGGGGCAGUUCAAGCAUUGCUCAAGGGGAUCCUAUGCUUUUCCCAUAUGGUAGAGGAGAACAUUUGGCAAGCAAUAAAUGGACUCUGAAGGAAAACAUCAGUGUGGGUGAUGUUUAUGCAACUAUCGGAAGCCCACCCAAUUUCCGCUUAAGGUAUGGCUGGUUCUCCAAUACAAAAGCUGAACUACAUGAACCGCAGUCUGUCUCAGUUUCCUCCAAGGGUGGUUUUCUUCAAUUUGAAACCAUACAGGGAAGUUGCAGUGCUAAAAUGGAUAAUACUAGUGACAAAGAUAAACAAAUUGAGGGACGAAAUGAGCAAAUUGCCAAGCAAGUCAUUGUAAGUGAAGCAGCGAGGACUCCUUUCAUGGACAAAAUGUCUUCUGAUGGAGCAGUUCAACUUUUGGCUAAUGAAGAGAUGAAGAAUGGUAACCCUUUUGGAUUAUCGGGACUGUGGGAUGAUUCUUUUACUAACAUAAGCAUUGGAGGCCUCCUUUCUGAAGUAUCCUUACAGGGAAAGUUUGACAGUUGUGAUAAGAAGAAUGGGAACAAUAAAGCCUCGCGGCCAACUCUACUAAUCUCUGAUUCAUUUGAUGCUUUUCUUGCUGGACGCAUAAAUCAAUCUCAAAGUCCAAGGGCAUCCCUUCUUGACACCCGCUCAUCUAUCUUUGAUGCUGAAGAAACAUGUCAUGGAUUUCCUUCUCAAAAGUUCUCUUCUUCAGGGAAAGAGCCUAUAUCUUCAGGUGGAAGUGUUGGAUCUACAACUUCUCGGACAAAGGAUGUUGAUUAUAAGUCAUUCAAAUUUCCAAAACUGACUGAGACCAACCACUCUGGCCGUACAAAAGGGCGAACUUGUGAAGAAUCUGAAACAGACCUAAUUCUUUGUUCACGAGUAUAUAAUGACGAAAGUAGCCUUGGACUGUCAGGAAUCAAGUGGACAGAGACAUUAGGACCCUUUGAUCUUGGCUUAUCUUCCUCUCAAAAGGUUAGUGGAGAUAGUAUUGGCAUAAAAAACAUCACUGCUUUGGCAAGCUAAAUGCGCCUAGUGAAAUCGAAUUUUGUUAGAAGGUUUUGUUGAUAGCUCAAUUGUAACUUGUAAGUCUGAGAUUCAUAUGUAUGUCAAUAUAUAU